UGGAGGCAACCAUAUCACAUCUGGCCUUCCCUCCAGCCAGCUCGGUCCAGUCUCUUGGUUCUCCGCCGGCAUCUGUGCCUUUGCACUAUAGACGCGGCGAACAUUCACGGCCACAAUACAGAUUUGCAGACACCAAGACAGUCGCCAAGUGGUUAAGCCCGGUUCAGUUUCCAACAUGCUCGUCGAGAUCGGCCCGGCAAAGCUUUACACCCUUGGCUCACGACCGACCAUCCCUUCUGCACCUCGCUGAGGUGUCAUCCGGCUACCUUAGUUCGACCUGUUCAGCCCAUGGGAUCCCAGGCAUGGCAUGGCAUGGGUGCUUGUCAUACUUGUCGCUGCAUUCUCUCGGGCCAUCUCGACAACCACCACCGCCCAACCACCCACCUGCCCACCCACACACAUGCCCAAAGAUGUCUUCCAUACGGUACCAUGCCCCCCAAGCUUUACCGGAAGCCUCCAAUGAGAAGCUUCGGUCAGUUGAAGGCAAAAUCGAACAGGGACGCCCGCCGCCGUCGUCCCUCAGCCCCCUCUGAGUGGUGGAAAAUCUCAUGGAAGAUUCGCCCGCCGUCUUGGUACUCGCUGAGGCUCGAUCUCCUGGGGGUCCAGAGAAAUUCGAGCGGAUGGUCGGGCCAGGGUCAGACUGGAGCCAAAGCUUCCCGGACAGAGAAGCAUGCAGAGUCGCAAGCUCCCCCGCAUGCACUCCUCACACACCAACUCCUACGGCAACCUUUCUACAUUGGGUGGUGGUAGAUUGGUGAUUACCCUACCCGUGAGGGGUUCCCGGCUCUUAUACCUGGGGAAGAGGAGCAUUUAUGAUCAGCAAGGAAAGAAAACCACCAGCCUGGGUUCCCGAUAUAUCAGGGCGGCUAUCCCAUGCUGUCUUAUCGAGUCUUUGCUUCUCUCCGUCUCUUCGUCCUUA